AUGCAAGUUAAUGUUCAUUUGCCAAUUUUUGUGCUAACUAUUGUCCUUGCUGAACAGUGUUUGGCUUCUGACAACACCAAAACUGAACUCCCUCCAUGUUUAGGAUGCAAAACUGUCGUCAAUUCUUUCAAGAAAGGGAUGAAAAAAAUUACUGAGGGGACAGAAAGUGCAAAUGGGCUGGCAAGUGUGCAGGAAUAUCUUUGCACAGACGUGGACUGGGGUAAGGAACACUGUCAAGCUCUGGCAACUGAGAUGACAGCUGCUCUGGAAGACUGGUGGCUGCAUAAGCAGAACACACAUCCAGAUCUGUACCAUUGGCUCUGUAUAUCUACCAGGCAAGUUUGCUGUCCAGAUGAGCACUUUGGCUCAAACUGCAAUCCCUGUCCUGGUUACCCUAGUAGAAUAUGCAAUGGUAAUGGCAAGUGUAGGGGAGCUGGAACUCGGAAAGGUAAUGGAUCUUGCAUUUGUGAUGCUGGUUAUGAUGGAGACCUGUGUGACAAGUGUGGAAAAUACUUCUAUGAGUCCUACAGAGAUGAAGACAAGUUGUUGUGUUCUCCAUGCCAUGAGUCCUGUCAAGGCACUUGUUCUCAAGCAGGCCCCAAGGGAUGUGUUGCAUGCAAGUCAGGCUGGCAGAUGGACACAGAAAAAGGGUGUUUAGAUAUUGAUGAGUGCUACACUGUGAAAAACCCUUGCAAGAGAAAUGAGUUUUGUGUUAACAAUGAUGGAUCUUAUGUCUGUCUGAAGUGUGAUCGUUCAUGUGGUGGGUGUACUGGAGAUGGGCCAGACAUGUGUACAAAAUGUGCAAGGGGGUACACAUUAAAAGAUGGCAUGUGUGUAGAUGAGCAACAAAUGGGUCGUGACUGGCAUGUAAACUUAACACGCUACCUAACAUAUGCUGGAUUGUGUGUAGCCACCUGCAUUGUGUUUCAGAAAAACAUGGUCUUAGCUGGUCUCAUUGGCCUUUCUGUUGGAAUUUACAUUUCAGUGGCCGAAUAUUACUUGGGUUCACCUUCUAGUACCAACGAAGUAGAUGUAGCCAAAAUGCUAGGUUUGCAAGCAGGAAGGUAG